GUUAUUCCAAGGUGUCAUAAAUCGUAACUCAGGGAGGGUAUAAAAGAGCCCUCCCAGCACCGCGCAGCCACCGCCGCAGCCACAAUCCUGCUCACACCGCUGUCAGAGGAACCCCACGACCGUCUGUUGUGUGAUGAAGACCGACCUGGAGCUCGCGCUGGAGUGCGCCAUCAAUAUCUACCACCAAUACGCCAUUCGGAACCCAAUGGAUGAUUACCUGAGCCGGAAUGAGUUCUCCAUGCUGCUGAAGGAGAAUGCCAAACCCUUCCUCUCUGACACUGUGCCGCCCAACGUGUCCAUUGAUGAGUACAUCAAGCAGCUCUUUGCCAAAUCUGACAGCAACCACGAUGGCCGCCUGAAGUUCACCGAGUUCCUCACCACGCUCAGCCUCGUGGCCAUCGAUGCCCACAACCGGUCCCACAAGCAGCCUGGGGACCAUGGCCACGACCAUGGAGAUGGCCACAGCCACGGCCACGGCCACAGUCAGCACCAUUAAGGCUGUUCCUGCAGAGCUGCCCUCCUCCAGCAGCAGCAUCACCCCUAUCUGCCCAAGGGGUGCCUUCUGCUUUUGCCUAUGACACUGAAAUAAAUUGUCUUUCCCUGUGCACCAAAU